AUCCGCAGCUUUCUUCUUCUUCAUUAACCACCACCAGCACCACCACCAGCACAGCUAGAAGCCUACUAUAACAAUGUCGACCAAGUCGCAGACUCUGAUGCACCUGAGCGGCGCUGACCAGCGCGAGGCACCGGGCAAGGCCGACGAGAACCCCAACCCUUCGCACGAGAAGGGCACUGAGAACUCGCACCAGAACCUCGACAGCAAGGACCAAAAGUCGAUUGCCAACAAGCUCGACCAGGCCUCGAAGCAGGAGGACCGCCAGGCCAAGGCCGAGGCUGCCGAGAACAACAAGCCCCCCACGCGUGCGGCAGAGGACCAUGGCAACAAGCCUUCGAGGGGCGCCCAGAUCGACGAGGCGCUCGAGGCCGAGGACCAGGCUACGCUCAGGAAGAAGGGCAUUGAGCCCUGAAGACUUCCAUGCUCUUCUUUGGCACUUUUAUCAUCUCGAGUCGUUCUCUUACUCUCUCACUCUCACAACCUCCUGUAUGACUAGAGCGUCACAAACACAAACACAAACCACAAAGCAUAGACAGAAAGGGAUCACUGCAAUAGGA